CGACCGAUAAAUAUUCACACUCGCUCUCCGAGCACUGUGUUUCUUCCCCGGUUGGGAAAAAACAAGUCUUUUCCUGCGACUCGCCGCCCUGCGCCGCGCCGCCGCCGAGGGGACGCCAAGCCUCCGGCUGAAGGAACUCUGAGCCCGCAGGACGCGAUUCGACCCCGCCUUCCCAUCGACCUCGAUUUUUUUUUUCUAGGUAUCUCAGACCUCGCUCGAUUGGGCGCUGAAGAUGCGUAGGAGCAGGGAGGAGGAUAUCAUGCCGAGGGAGGUCAGUGAGAGGAGGAGGAGGAGGAGGAGGGAACACAUGGCCACCGCAAGAGAUGAUUGCGGGGCAUCGCUUCCGUACGAGAUGAUCAUAGAGGUUCUGCAGUGGCUCCCAGUCAAAUCCGUCUUCCGCUUCAAGGCAGUGUGCCGCUCCUGGGCUGCGCUGCUCUCCUCCAAUGAAUUCCGCCGACUCCACAUGUCAGCAGCCAAGGCCGCAAAGCGGCGGACACCACCAGCCAAGCUGCUAUACAUCUCACCGACUGCCACAUUCGACUCCACCACGGUCUACUCGUGCCCCUUCUCGCCAUCAUCAUCAUCGUGCCGCCCCAGAGAUCACGGGGACCUACUGUUCACCAUUGACGGUGCCCGUGGCAACUAUGUGGAGGUUGUGACGCCCGCGCCGUGCAAUGGCCUCACCCUUCUCUAUGAUGCUCUCGACACAGCCUACUACAUCUGCAAUGCGGCCACACGGGCAGCCACACGUCUGCCGCCUUCUACCAGCGUAGUAUGCAGCUCCAGUGCUGGCCUGGGAUUUGAUGCCCUCACAGACGAGCACAAGGUGGUGAGGUUGAUGAAUGGGAUGUUUUAUCAAAAGGACUUGGACUCUGUGAGGUGUGAGGUGUACACGACUGGAGGCCCCUUCAUGGAUCGCUGCUGGAGGCCGGCUGCCAGAGGAGUACCCUCCAGCUUGCAUAAAUUUGCACGCGCCGCUGUUCGUAAUGUGUCAGUCAACAAAUUAUCUCCCGUGUUUGCCAACGGUUGCUUGCACUGGUUGAUGAGACCUUCCUCUUUCAUCACGACUCCAAGUGUUGUCAUCGUGUCCUUUUCGGUUGCAGAUGAGACCUUCACAUGUCUCCGGUCACCACCCUUCUGGGUACCAGGAACGCCGCCGACCUCCAGGUGUUCCUCAUCAGGAGAGCAACUAGUGGAGAUCGAUGACCAAUUAUGUUUGGUUCGCAACAGAAUUCCUCAUGGUAGUAACACUUUGGAGAUCUGGAAGCUGCUGGACUAUAGCUCUGGUGACUGGUUACUGGAUCAUCGAAUUAAUUUGUCGGGGCACCUGGCAACAAAUUUGCGCCAGUCACAAAUUCUGAGAGUUAUUGGAUCUUUUUGCAGUUACAGGUCGCCAAGGAAGAAAAUAAUCAUCACCACUAGCACACACAAGAUUUUCGAUAAGUAUCAGAAAAUGGUUCACACCUAUGACCCCAGGUCUGAGGCUCUGGAAACCAUUCUUUCGAUCACAGAGACACACUCAACUCCACAAUAUGGGUGCCCUAGUUCAAGAUUCAGUUUCGUUCAAGAGACCCUUGCUCCCGUGCAUACAACAGAUGAGGAGAUAGCCUUGUCAUCUGACCUGGCUAAGGCGACUAGAGAGGUCCUACUCCGCCUCCCAGCUAAAUCAGCCAUACAGUCCAAAUUUGUCUGCAAACAGUGGUUCAGAUUGAUUGAGAGUAAAAACUUCAUUCAGUCAUACUUUCAGCAUAAGAACAUAGACAGAAGACCUAAAGUCAUGCUUGUGGUCAAGAGCACUGGACGAUUGGGCUUCAGUUUUGCUCCAUUGAAUAAAUGCCUCCAAGAAGCUCCUAGUCACAGUACAUUGCUUGAUACAAAGGUGGUUUGCUCCAAGCCUUGUCAUGGGCUUAACUUGGUAAGCACCGAGACGAAGGACUAUCUCUGCAAUCCAUGUACAGGUUUCUACAGGGGCUACUCUAACCUGGGGCCAGAUUUGCACCGACCCUCGAGAAUGCCUAAAGCAGAAGAUCAUGCUUUUACAGUCGGCAAUAAAAAUGUUGGCUUGACUUUUGACCCUACGACUCGUCAACAUGUUAUCGUGGAAAUAUUCUAUCAUCGGAAGGACUUUAAAUCUCGUCAGUAUGACCUGACAUGUGCGUUACACUGGUGUAACUCUUGGAGUGCUGCCCAAGAGAACUCGGUACCGCCUCUGCCUGUGAAUGAUAUGCCACCAGCCUAUGUUGAAGGAAUUCUCUACUGGAUGAAUGAACCAAGGUUGGGACAGAGCUGUGAAUGGGCCAUUGUAUCUUUCAACCUUGCUACAAAUACUUUUGAUGUUGUCUCAUGCCCUUCGUGGUUUGCAAGAUGGAAUAGCAGAAACCGGUGUCAUGCGUUUGUUGUUGAGCUCGAGGGAGUAUUAUGUGCUGUUCUAGCAGAUCCAGCCGCAGACAAAUUAGAUGUAUGGAAGCUAGAGCAUGGCCAAUGGGGCAGAGCAUACACAAUUCACCUGGAAGCAUGUCCUGGCUAUUCCCUCAAGACAAGCGUUGUUGUGCCAUUAGCUGUUGACCCUGAUCAUGGGAGGAUCCUGCUCAACACUGGUAGGAAAAUAGGUCUAUAUGAUCCAGUAGAGCAAACAAUUCAAAAUCUGUAUUCACUUGAUCAGGUGCCGGUUUCCAGAAGUAAUCCACACCUGAAGUUUCUUGAUAUGCCUUCAACUUCAUCCGGGAAUAGUUCGACGAUUCCUUUUGUUCCUAUUUUAUAUGAGGAGAGCUUGGCAGGUUACUCCUUUGUGCGCAAAGCAAACUGUUUGUGGUGAGACAUUUUCAAGGCAUGUUUGGCGAACUGAAACACCCAAGGUUUGAUAAUGUAAUAAACAUUAUGAGACCUUUUUCGCAUAUAACUGGUGAGUGGUGACUGUCUGAUGUUCCUUUUGUUUUGAAGUCAUAUAUCAUUUCGCUUACAAAUAUAAUGAUGGAUGUGUUGCUGAUGUUUAUAUUAUCUGCAUGAAUAAGAGGAUGAGGAUAUCUGUUGCCGGCCUUGCGUUAGGAGUAUAUUUCUGACAAUGUCUUGUGUUUGUUGUUUGCCGUGUCCAGUUGUCAUUGCACUUACAAAAUACUAGUGUUUAUUUUGUUAACUGCAUUGAGUAUUGAGCCUGUGCUGGUCCUGAAUAUCAUGUAAAGAGGCCAAAGGCCAUCGUUUUUUAUGUUAAUCACCUCACCAGAGUGCCGUGCAUUACAGAAAAUUGUAGUAAGGUUGUUUCUGUCAUCACAGUUUUUUUCUGUCGAAAAAUACAGACAAUUGGCACUACUAUUAUCUGUUUAUAUAUCUGAUGAAAAUACAAUGGGUGAAGAUAAUAUAUAGAAAUAAAUAAGUAUAUUAAUAAUGGUUAUCACUUGCCAGUUUACUAAAUUACCAAAUACUGGAAUAACGUUAUGCCAUCUCAAGCUGCAGAUAUUUAUAUUCGUGCUCAUUUGUUGAUCAUUUUCCAUGUGACUGCGAUAUUAUUUAGUUUUUUUCGUAACUGACAGUUGAUUGGUAGUCCUAACACCUGAACUUGCAAUAUUGAUGUGAUUUUGUUAUUAUGAUGUGGAAUUUGUCCUGAUACUCCUCCCUGUUCCCAGCCUUGCCUGUUCCUGGGGCGAUGUGUAAUUUCCCCUGGCACCAUUUGUUCACGUGAUCUCCUUGCUGCUUUAUGGCCUGAAGUUUGGUUUGGUUUCUGUUUCUGUGUUUGGUUAUUGUCGCAAACCCUGCGUGCAUGCGUGCGUGCGUGCGCGCGCGAGCGAGCGAGCGAGCGAGCCGUGACUCGAUGGGGUGCGAGGCGGAGGCGGAGGAGCACGUCUCCGGUCUCCCCGAUUUCGUUUCGGUGGUGGCGUGAGGGGACCCGCCGACUGGCCGAGCGGGGCAGCGGGCGACGGUGACGACCAAGGGAGAAGGGGGACGGCGCUGCGGCGGCGUGCUGGGCCUGAGCAAGCGACAGAUGCGAGAUGCAGGCUGGGGCCAGGAGAGCAGACUAGAGACGAGGGUUGGGGAGACCGGAACACCCGGCACACCCUUUUGCUACGCCAAUGCCGCUCAAGCUCUGUUGAGACAUGGAACCGAAGUCGUGAGGCGGACAUCAUCAUUUUGUCAGACUAAGUGUAGAGUUACAAGUAUCAUUUUUUCACAAAGGAAGAAAUUCGGAGUAAUUACGGCCUUGGCGCUCUUCAUGUUGUGAGAGAACCUGUUCAGUAGGAUGCCGACAUGCAUCAGGAAGCCAACAGACAGCCAGAGCUUGAAGGCGUGGAGCCUGAGCUGCAGUGACGACGACAACUUGGGUGUCAGGUGCAAAAACUGCAGUUCAAAGUGUUCAACCAAGUGUUUUCCGUCCACUGCAUGGCUGGCUACGAGUGGCUGGCCGACGGGGUGCUCGGCGAGGUCGAAGCCGCUGCGUACUGGACUGCCGUCGCGCCAAACGUCGAGGAGUAUGGCAGCGCCGUGGCCAGGUCCAACGCUUCCGGCGCCGAGAACGUGGCCAAGGGGAUCAUGUGGUGCGGGGUGAUGACCGUGGACAGGCUCCGCUGGCGGAACGAGGUGCUCCGAAAGAGGAUUCAAACCGGCGAUAAUGAGGCCGAGGUCUGCCCGGAGAUGCUCAGGUGUAUCAAAAGGUUUCCUUGUGCUUAAUUACACGCCGCUACUAUUUAAGCUUUUAUAUACAUAGCUAAAAUAUGUUGACUUCAUAGCAUAGAUCAACACUUGUUGAAGAAACAGCAAACAGUAGGCCUGAAGCAACAUACCAGUUUAGAGGAUACUUCUUAAUACUGAACGCAAAUUGGCGUUUGUUUCUUAAUCGCCACAAAUACUUUAUUCCACACACACACACACACACCACACACACACACACGAGAGAGAGAGAGGGAGAGGGAGAGGGAGAGGGAGAGGGAGAGGGCUGUAAUUCACAGCAGUAACAUUUUAUAACACAACUGGUGAGUGCAAGUUUGCUUCCUCAACGAAAGCUACCUACAAAUUCUCAAUUUUCACGAGGUAAAACGAUACGGACCAAAUAUAUAAUCAUUGGUAGCCGGACUACUUACACUAUACAUUGUUCCAGUAGUUUUUUCAUCAACCCUUACUUUGAAAGCUUAGGCUUGAAAAUUGGGGCAAGAAAGUUUGAACAUAACUGGAAAUAGUAUAUGCCGCCACAUAGUUAAUACCUUCUGUUGUGGCACAUCCUGUGUUCUUUCGGCUUAUACUUGGGCUGAUUGCUCUGCCAAAUAGGAGUAUUACGAAGCAAAUAUGAAUUAAAUGAUGCAUCGGCUUCCGUUUUCUGCCACACAUGUUUUAUUGUAUAAACUGGAGCUUCACAACUAAAAAUAAAGAUAAAUUAUAGCUUAAGUACAACCAGGUUGCUGAGUUUAUUCACAUCAGCUAGCACUCUGCCUUUUAUCAACCUUUGAAUGGAACUAGGUAUUACUCUUUGUGAAUAUGAAGUCAAAAUUAAUAAUUAAUAAAGGCAAAAUAUACCUUUUAUGUCUAUUCACAGUAUUGUAAUUAAUAAUCACCCGCGGUUGAUUUCAUGACCGGUGGACUUUCAGCAAAUAAACAAUCAGAAGGAAUCAAUAAGAAUAUAACCCGUUGAGUUCAACAUCCUCCAGUAAUAUAAUCAUGCCUCGAUUGGAAUUAGUACUACAAUAUAUAACAUCUUCUUUUUGUAGUUUAUUUAUUUAUAUGUGUCUAUAUGGUUUUCCAUGAAAAUCCAAAAGGGCCUCGAAGUGUUGGAGCUUGGAUCUGGGGGGUGCAUUGGUGAGCCAUCCCUUCUCCCUCACUGGCUUCUCUAUUAUUUUUGUGCAUAUCAUGCCUUGAUUUGUGCUCAGUUGGUGUGAAAUGUGAAAGCAAGCUAUGUGUGCGAUCUAUUGCCCGUUAUCAUGUGUCACAAACUACUAUAAAUGCAUAUUAAUGCCUCUUUAUUAUAUAUGUCUACUGCCUUUUACAUUCUCUAGGGCUAAGCCACUACUCAUUCCAGUAUACUGAAUUGCUAUUGUCUGCACUUCUAUUGUGUUUUGUUAUACCUUUUAGACAUGCACCGUAUGCCAUAGAUUGGUAUGACAUUGAUAUGUGCGAAGAGAUGUGACGUAUCUUGAUGUUUUUACUGAACCAUUAUCAUUCUGGGUGCAUAACGAUUGUAUGGCACUGUCAUUUCUUUUAUAUCAUUGUUUGCAUCACCAGGAGUUUACGCUAAAACAAGUCGGUUGCUGCAAGUCUUGCAAGAAAUUUGGGUGACAAGGCGUCUGGACGGAACUAUCUAUCCAUCUAUCUAUCUAAUAUAGUUUACUACUAUACCAUGUAAAAUCAGUGUCUCCACUACCACUAUGGCUUGGUGUGGUCAUGCUAUGAUGUUAGUUGACACGAAUGUUUAGUGAUAUGUUGAUUCAGGAAAUUCGCAUUCGGUUCAGCAUGUAGUGUUAGGCUCUAUGCUCUUAGGAGAUGAUGUUCUGUGAAUUUUUUUCCAACUGUUAUUGCCACAAAAUUGAAAUUUGGUAUUGACAUUAUGAAGAUUACCUUAAGUGUGAAAGAUACUGA